AUGAGUUGGCUCCUGCCCGUUCGAAGGAGUGUUGUCCGCCCCCAGUACUUACUUCGAAACCGGGGAACCGCUUUGCCUUGCGCACAUGCGCUAUCACUAUGUCGUCCUCGCUGCAGUUCAACCUUCUGCCCAAGCAAUAUUGCUGAGCUGCUGAGGCCAUCUCCACAAUCAAUCUCCGCUCAGCGGACUCCACGGGACAAUGAGGCGCUGACGAUAAACGGCUAUGUGCGGACAGUGCGCAAGCAAAAGCGUAUUGCAUUUGCUGCCAUAGGAGAUGGCUCGACCCUGCAGACAGUACAGGCAGUGCUGCCUCCCCAACUAGCGGAAGGUCUCUCCACUGGUGUUGCAGUGACGGUCACAGGAAAGUGGACACCCUCGCCAGGUCAAGGCCAAUCCCAUGAACUUCAAGUAAACCAAGUGCAAAUACUGGGAGAGAACGAUGCUACAGCCUACCCAAUCCAGAAGAAAUACCAAUCGCCUGAAUUUCUGCGCACUCUCCCGCAUCUUCGAAGUCGACUACCAAUCAACUCUCUUAUAUUGCGGCUGAGGUCUUUAGUCACUGCGCAAGUGACCAACUACUUUGCAGAACAUGACUUCGUUCAGUGUCAUCCACCUAUCAUCACAUCUUCCGACUGCGAGGGUGCAGGAGAGGUAUUUACUGUUGCGCCUGAGGUACCAUCGUCAUCAGACAAAUCCUCUUCAAACCGGAUCAAGAAGCAUGAAGACAUGUUUUUCGGCUCUCCCAAAUACCUCACCGUUUCUAGCCAGCUUCACCUAGAAGCUUUGGCUCAAUCAGUGAACAAGGUCUGGACGCUGUCUCCAACAUUUCGAGCCGAAAAGAGUGAUACGGCUCGUCAUCUUAGCGAAUUCUACAUGCUGGAAGCAGAACUAGCUUUCGUCGACGACGCCAAUGUCGUCAUGGACGUUGUGGAAGAGAUGUUGCGUUCUGUUGCGUUGAAGUUACAAGAGUCAGUUGUAGGUCAAGAGCUCCUUGAGGCGCGAGCACGAGACCAGGAUCAAGAAAGCACAUCCGUGUCGCACGCUACCCUCGCACAACGGUGGCAAGGGCUGGCAGAAGGUCCAUGGCCUCGAAUCUCAUACGCGGUUGCGAUACGGCACCUCAAGGACGCGGUGGCUCAAGGCAAGGUGGAAUUCGAGUAUGCACCUGGUCAUGAAGACGGCCUACAAACCGAGCACGAGCGAUUUCUGGCUGAGAGCUUGGGACGCGGUGGACCCAUAUUCGUCACUGACUAUCCACGCAACAUCAAGCCCUUCUACAUGGCGCCGUCAAAUGAUCUGACUGUUGAUGAAUCGGCUGCACCGACAGUCGCAUGCUUCGACCUACUUGUACCUGAGAUUUGUGAAUUGGUGGGAGGUUCUAUGCGUGAACACCGACUGGAACAACUUCUGAAAUCCAUGGAGGAACAGGGCCUCCAACAAGCGUCGGACGACUCUACCGACGCAUCAGACGGCUCUUUGCAGUGUUAUGAAGCGCUCCCGCCAAACUUCUCCCUCACCGCGAAUAUGCUUGCGGGCGCAUUUGCGGGCAUCGCCGAACACUCGGUGAUGUACCCAGUCGAUCUACUCAAGACCAGGAUGCAGAUCGUCAACCCGUCGCCGAGCGCCAUGUAUAGCGGCAUCUCCAACGCCAUGGUCACUAUAUCGCGAGCAGAGGGCUUUUGGUCAUUGUGGAGGGGGCUUUCGAGUGUGGUGAUGGGUGCAGGUCCCGCCCAUGCUGUCUAUUUUGCAUCGUACGAAGCCACCAAGCACGCCCUCGGUGGCAACGAAGGAGAGAGCCACGAGCAUCAUCCUCUUGCAGCAGCUGCCAGCGGUGCUGCGGCCACCAUCUCCAGCGAUGCGCUGAUGAAUCCUUUUGACGUCAUAAAGCAACGCAUGCAAAUGCAUGGUUCCGUCUACAAAUCUGUCCCUCAAUGCGCCCGAGAGGUUCUCCGUACCGAGGGAGUCGGCGCAUUCUACGUCUCAUACCCCACUACACUGUGUAUGACGGUGCCAUUCACCGCGCUGCAAUUCAUGGCCUACGAAUCCAUGUCAAAGGUCAUGAACCCGACCGGCCGUUACGAUCCCUACACGCACUGCUUCGCCGGAGGUAUCGCCGGUGGAUUUGCGGCGGGGCUCACCACUCCGCUCGAUGUCAUCAAGACGCUAUUACAAACACGCGGAAAUGCGAGAGACGCAGAGUUGAAGAACGUCUCCGGCCUCUUCCAGGCGGCCAAGAUAAUCCAUCAAAGGGAGGGCUAUAGAGGAUACUUCCGUGGUCUGAAGCCCCGUAUUAUCACCACCAUGCCAAGCACUGCGAUUUGCUGGUCUGCAUACGAAAUGGCAAAGGCUUUCUUCAUUCGGAGGAGCACUAACUCGUCCACUGCCAUAUAGGGAGACGACGAUUUGACAGAUCCUUUUUUUGGAACCGUUACGAGAGCCCUCCAAUACUACGAUACGCGCAUAACCAACGGAACGAUAUACACGCGGUGUCGCGGAGAGCAGUGACCAUAGCAGUACUGGGCAUUCAAGGCUAGGUCUAGCAUUUUGUGUUGCGCGGGUAGAGGAGAAGGUUGUGUCGCGACGCUUCUUCAUUGCCAUUGUAUAGUCAUAGAGGCUUUUCUGGAAGCUCAUCUGGUGGCGUACUGGAUGCUUGGUUGUGCGAGCACAUGAUGGCAUGCGCGUACUUGUAUCAUAGAGAAAAUUCAGUAUUGGCGUCGCUCAAGACCCGUCAGCAUUUUCGCUAUCCGGUCCAAUCC